UUGAUUAUUUAAAAACCAAACAAUUUGGGGGGGUUUUCCCUCAAAAGCGCAAUAUUUACUGAUAUUUGAUUCAAGCAGGCUUAAUAGUACAUUGUGUAUACUUUUAACAGAGUAAAAAAAAGUUUGCUCAUUUUAAAAGUAAUUUUUUUGAAAGAAGAACAUUUUUUAAAGGAGACCAAGACACAUUUCGAAAUUUCGUGGAGCAUUGAAGGCAGCAAUUUUAAAUCCUCCUGACUCUCUUGUCGCGUGCUGUCUGUUAGAAACGGUUUGUUAGACACAAUAUUAAACCACAGCUUUGUAAUUUAGGUAUUAACAUUUUUACUCAAUUACUAAUUGUUUCGCUCACUUCUUAAAUAUUUAAUCGCGUUUUAACAUCGCUCCUUUAAUCUGGGUUUAGCUAAAAUGAGUUCGUGUCAGUUAAAAAGUUAGCUAGAUUAGCUGUGUCGCUUGAAGUGUCAGAGCCUGAAUGUUAACGCUAGCUAGACCUGCCCCUGUUUUGACAAGCAGUUCCUCUUUCACUUCAACCACAUGCUGAUACUACAGCUGCAGCAUUGCUCACACUGCUGCUAGCUACCAACAGAUAAGCCGCAGGCACAUCCCCUUCACACCCUGCUGUAAAGUUAUAACCCUGCACCUCGCUGCCAGCCUUUAACAGCUGCUUCACACCAGAAGAGGAACUCAGGAUUCGUCUGUUAUGAACAAUUCCGACGUGGAAAAAGGCAUGGAGCAAUUUAACAUGUCCCAGGCUUAACAAAAGGAUUGUGUGACUAAUUUCUUACAGUACAUUGUAGGAGUCACAGUGAUUUCAGAUAUUUUCAAAACCAACCACUGAGGGUGUGUCUGGGUCAUUGUUACUACUACAGCAUGCAGGAUGGGCCAAACUCGCUCGGAUCUCUCGCACAGCACCCCCACCCCAGGCAGAGCGAAAUGGAAACCAGGAGAGACAGCCCAGCGGCUCCGUAUCCGCAGAUUUAUGAGCGGAGAGAGGCGACAGAGUGACCAGUUAAGUAGGAAUCCGAUGAAAAACAAAGUGUUGUCGUGUUUGGGAAGGAGAAAGCGAGACUCCAGCCAAACAGAAGCGGAGCUGGGUUGCGGAAACGGAGCCGGAGAUCCAGCAACGCGCCGCGAUCACAGAGUAGGAAAGUUGCCGAGGGACGAGGUUGUGUCGGCGGUUGGGGAACAGCGAUCAUCCCCGGGUUGUUUUGAGACACCACCCGGCCUAGAUGAUACACAACACGCCGUGAACCGAGAGGCAACGGCUGGCUCGUCCGAUGCGUCAGGUUUGGAAACGCGGACCGGAGAAGUUAGCGGUGCGGGCUGCGAGGAGCCGAAACCCGAGCGAGAAGACAAUGCCUCGGAUCCCCCGACGAGGGCCAUGGAAGAUCAGCCACUGGGGGGAAACAACCAGGAUCGUGUUGGGACUGAGGUUGAGGAAUUAACAGGGACUAGUCUGAUCAUCUCUGACCCGGACACUAGCGUGGCCCCGGAUCAACCUUUGAAUAGUGGACUGUCGAUACUGGACGAUCACGCUGAGGCUAAAAUGACAAAAACUGACUGUGGUACCGUUUCAUAUCCGCCCAAUGCGGACGGUGACCAAAACAACUGUUGCCUGGGUGAAAUUGAGAGCCGAAAGGACUCUGAUCAGGCCCCCCAGGGCCCCCCAGGAGGCCAGAGUUUCGCAGGGACCAUACCUAAACUCAUCAUAACUAGAGACCCCAGUCCGACCCGCUCUCAGGGGACACCGGCCCUGCUGACCGUCCAAACGGAGCUCAGCACCGGCUCGUGCCUGGACCCUCACCCAGAGGACGAGUCUCCCUGCUCGGACAGCGGCUGCGGAGGGUCCCCUGCGCUGAUGCGCUCUCCGAGGAAGCUCUCCAACUCGUCCUCCAUCGGCCUGUCCUCCGCCUCGUCCUUCGAGGAGUCAGAGGACGACUUCACUGGGAGCGACAUCGAGUCCAGUCUGUCUCCGGCCCGGUCUCUGUGUAGCCCGGACGAUGGGACAGGGAAUAAGUCCUGGCAGAAAUUGAAGACCAUGGUUCACUGGUCCCCCUUCGUCGUGUCCUUCAAUAAGCGUUACCCAUGGGUGCAGCUAGCAGGCCAUGCAGGUAACUUCAAGGCUGGGGAGUACGGACGCUUGUUGAAGCGAUACUGUGAGUGUGAGCAGCAGUGCCUACAGAAGCUGAUGAAGGACACUCUGCGCCCCUAUGUGCCUGGUUAUUAUGGCGUAGUACAGAGAGACAAGCAGGACUAUAACCUGAUGGAUGACCUGCUGGCUGACUUCGACUCACCCUCCAUCAUGGACUGUAAGAUGGGCAGUAGGACGUACUUGGAGGAGGAGCUGAUAAAAGCCAGAGAGCGUCCACGUUUGCGGAAGGACAUGUAUGAGAAGAUGGUCGCAGUGGACCCCGGGGCCCCCACUGAGCAGGAGAAGGCCCAGCAGGGAGUCCUCAAACCCAGAUACAUGCAAUGGAGGGAGACACUCAGCUCCACAGCCACCCUAGGCUUCCGCAUCGAAGGCAUUAAGAAAGGCGAUGGAACUUGUAACACCAACUUUAAGAAGACAAAGCACAGGGAGCAGGUGAUGCAGGCCUUGGAGGACUUUGUAGGUGGCAACACUCAGAUUCUGAAACUUUAUCUGCAGCAGUUGGAGGAACUUCGAUCAGUCCUUGAGCAGUCGCAGUUCUUCAGUUCACAUGAGGUCGUGGGCAGCUCUCUACUGUUUGUGCACGACGCCUCGGGGAAGGCCAGAGUGUGGAUGAUCGACUUUGGGAAGACGGUUUCCCUGCCGGCCCCCCAGACCCUGGACCACAGGACUCCCUGGGUGGAGGGCAACAGGGAGGACGGCUACCUGUGGGGACUGGACAACCUCAUAGACAUCUUCAGCAGUAUGCUCCCACAGACACCUUGAGAAGGAGACUGUCCAGAUGGUGGAAGAGCUACAAGAUUGGGAGAAAACAUAAACUGAGACUGAUUGAGGAAGGAUCAGAAGAGGGCCGGCAGUUUGAUUACUUUUUUCAUGACCCACACCAUGAUCCAUGUGUCUUUAUCCAAUUGUACCUGUGUGAGAAGAUGAUGAAUGAAAACAAGUGCAGGAUUUCUAUUUCAAAGUGGAAUAUGCCAAAGGCCGACAUCAUGCACUAAUGAUCCAUUUGUGGAACUUGGGGACAGAAACCCUGCGAUGAGUUAAGGCAAAAAGUAGAAAGAGGGAGAAUUUAAGGCAGAAUUGUAUUUUAUUUUGAGAGAGUACAGUCCUCUGAAUUCAUGGGCCUCUUUUUCCUGCAAAGACAUCUCCCUCCUCAACACCCCUUCUUGUUGGUUAGAGUUGCACACACCACUCUCACAACCACGAACUUGAUCCGAGGUAUAAAACCUUUCUACAUAGCCUUGGAGGAGCAUUGGGUAAUGGGAGUUUUAAUUUUGUCAUGGACCACUUUUGAUGUUUAAGUAUACAGCAACACUAAAACGCGGGUCAAACCACGUGUUAACUAACUCAGUGUGUAAAUACAGUUUUAUUUAAAAAUGUUUUGGCCUUGGCCUUGGUAUAACCUCCUUACCUGGUUUGUACAAUUUCUGUGCCUCGCAAUUUUUAAAGACAGAGCUGUUUGAUCAUUCCAGUGCAGUGGACUCCUGCUAUUUUCCGUCCAAAGAGUUCACCCAAGUGUAAACUGAUUUACAUCUAAUCCCAAAGUUUAACUUCUGGUAGAAGUGUUUUCUAAAUUUUGUUUUUUGUAUGAUAAUGCAGUGUAAGUUUUAUUUUUUUGCAUUUAACUGUACAGUAAGCAGCUUGGCAGCCAUGUUUGUCUGUAAUUUGUUGCACUAUGGAUCCUCACAAAGCCAUUGAACAAAUCAAGCGGUGCCUCUGUGUGUCUUAAGAUGGGAAGCAGCAGGAAAGUGCUGGGUUUACAGAUGCAGACGUUUAUAAGUUUAACAUGAAUUUAAUUUGGUGUUAUCACUUCAUUCUCUUUGAUCAGUGUUGCUUUGGAUUUGCAGGGAGUUUUACAGUAAAACAGUGGUGUAAAGGGUGGAAUUAAACUGGAAUUACCUGAUUAAACUGAUCAGUCUGUUAAGGCUUUUGUGAGGUUUCAAUUUACACGUGAUCUUGAAACUGGAAGUUCUGAACAUUUCCGUUGAUGAGGUAUAAUCACAUACAAGAAUAUCUCUUUUAAACACAAGGACGUUGCUGUGAAUCUCAUUUAGUUACACUAAACGGUUUAGUUUACAAACCAAAACAUUGUUAUAUUUAGAAGUCAGUGCUUAUGAGCAUAGCUGUCGUUCCUUGACUGGAAUGCGGCAGGUCAGUGAACAUAACAAGUCUUCCAGACGUCCUUUGACAGUGUCAGGCAGCACUGUUUGGAUGUGUAGGCGGAUAACUCAGCACACAAACUUUCACGUGAGUGCUGCAAACAUCUGACUUCAUGAAAUUGGAAUUCAAAUACAGGCAUUCAGUUUUUCCAUUUCUGAAAAGUAAACAUACUGGGAGAGAGGAAUAAUUUUGUGUUUACAAAGUAUAUUUCUUUGCCCUCAAAUCCUUUAUAUUUGUAAAAUGGCAAACUAUCAGGGUGUUGCUUUGUAAGUAAGAAAACUGGAUUAAUAACCAUAUUUUGUAUUUUAAAAUCGCAAAGCACAGACAGAAUGGUGAAAAUUGAUAUUAAAUCCCUGCUUUGUCCAGGUCAUUGAUUGCAAUAAACUGGAAAUAAGA